AUGGGCAAUGAACUCCAGUUCUCUCCUGUCUCUAAUAGCCUAUACCCAACGAUGGAAGGAAAUCUUCGUCUCAUCCCCAGUCGACGUCCUCCUCGCUCUUCUAAAGUUCGUCCAGAUACCAUAAUCACGGGUAGGAAAUCAUGGAAGACGAUGAAAGAUCAACAGAAUGAAGCUGUCUGGCCGCCGUACAUUGAAGCUGCCUUGCUUGAAGCUUUGGAAAAAUAUCGUCCACAUUCCGCGAACAUCAAGAAUCCCAAAGAGCUUCGGAGAUUUCCCAAACGGAAUAUCUUUAUAUCCAACGAAAUCUUCAAGAAGACGGGCAAAAGGAGGACGGCGAAGCAAGUGGGGAGUCGUCUGCAGCAGCUUCGGGACACAUGCGAAGACGAAAGAGUCCUUGAGUUGCUCACACGGAGAGAGUAUUCUCCUGAACCAGAGUCAUCCUCGACGGACACUUCUGCCGAUUCUCCAGUAGAAGAAACGAACGACUGCGCUCUGGCCUCGCCGUUGUCAGAGUGUACUACGUCGUCACCGUCAGAGGUUUCUUCUGAAUCAUCUCGUUUGAGCCCGCUCAGCAGCGUCUCCUCCUCCUCCUCAAUUGGAUAUCAAGAGCUCCCCGCCAUACCUCGCAACGUCGUCGUUCGCAUCGAGAUCUGUCACCAAGAAUCCACCCGGCGUGGUCACUCUCCUUUACGACAUUCUUUUGAACCAAUGCCGUCUAAGCCUUUUUAUCAUCGCCGAAUCAUUCUCUCAGCGGACCGUCCUUUGUGGACCCUUGCCCCGACCGUGACUUUCACAUCUUCGAGGCCUACGUCGGUUUCUACCUUUUCCUCUUUCAUUGUCUACUCCAACAAUGCACUGGUGCACUCGGAAGUAUCCCCUUUACUCCCACACGUGGAGCAAACGAACCCUGCCACCUGUUAUGCCUACCGAGCCAGGUUCCUACCCGAGUUUUGGGCACAUCUUUGUGAAAGAUACGAUUUAGCGCAAUGUACCGUGACCCAAAACAUCAUCGAGCCCAGAGCGUCGGAUGAAGUCGUGCUCUUGUCCCUCGUAUACGAAUUCUCGCAUACAUAUGCAGCACCCUCGCCUAUCCUCUACUCUCAUUCGUCUGCUGGACCUGCCCUACCACCCCAUUUUGCGGAGAUACCUGUGUGUAACAGCGUGAUACCGCCACCUCUCAGCGCGUGUCAUGAUCGGAACUUUUCCCAUUGGCCAACUGCAUGUGUGUCUCAACCUCAUGCGUCGGCCUGGGAUGUGGAUCAUCAUAAGGUGGUCUUGAAUGACACGGAUGCGCAUUAUUCGCUGCAGGGACACAUUCUGACUUCUGGAUAUGGGGAGCAGUAUUCCCCUUCGGACAGCGAUCUGAGACUUUGA